UCUCGACGGCCAUUUCUGCAGCACGCAGAAGGAAACGAGUCUCCAUCUUGCAGCAGGCGACCAGUGAGGUACAGAGGUCUCGUGGAACGCUCGGCUUACCCGGAAUUAAGUCAGCCCGCUCGGAUAUUGAUUGAGGUCAGCAGUCAAAGAAUCCACAGGAAUUAACCUUUUUCAAAACAUGGACGGAGUACAAGGCAGAAAAGCUUGGGGCAUGGCUGGAGGAGGUGCAGUCCGUGAAUAUGGGCAUGGGAGCUAUGACCGAAGUAUGGACAGUUAUGGCAUGGACAGCGGCAGUGACAGGUUUGGACCUUAUGAGUCUUUUGACUCCAGGUCUUCUGUGGGUGGGCGAGAUCUGUACAGAUCUGGCUAUGGUUAUAAUGAAUCCGAUCAAGGCUACGGAGAUAGUUAUGAUGGCCGAUAUGAGAACCCAUACCGGAAUAGCGUUGACUCUUUUGAUGCUAGAAACCAAGGCGGGUCCAACUGGGAUCCGUCUUUCACACGAGCGAAAGCGAGGACUGGGUUUAUGGAGGACAGAGGAAGAGACAAUUACUCUUCCUACGGCGGUUUUUCUUCACCCUAUAUGAAGCCUGCAGCAGUAGGCUCUCGGGGAAGAGGAAUGCCUGCUUACCCCGACGGUGCUUUUGGAGGACAAGCAGCAGGCAGAGGCCGUGGCAGAGGAGGACUUGCUCGUGGUAUGCGCAGGCCUGCUGCGGACUAUACUCCCCAGCCCUUGUCUGGUGGAAUGGCAAGAGGAGUUAAGAGGAAGAUGGCUCAGCCAUUCAAGGCUCCUGUAGGUUUUGGCAAAAAACCAAAGCUGGCGAAAGCUGGUGCAAACCAAGCUGCCAAACCUGCUCCUGCACCAGCGGAGCCAGUUGAUCCAGAAGAGGAGGAGAAGCGCCGCACAGAGGCAAGAAGGGAGAAACAGAGGCGUAGAAGAGAGAAGAACAGUGAAAAAUAUGGCGAUGGAAUGGCCUUUACCUGCUCAUUCUGCAAGUUCAGAUCAUUUGAAGAAAAGGGUAUUGAGGAUCACUUGGCCAGUGAAGCUCAUCAAGAGAUGCUUGAUCAUAUUCAGAAACAAACCAAAUUUGACAAACCUGUCAUGGAAUUUUUGCAUGAAUGCAUUGUUAACAAGUAUAAGAAAACUGCUGCACGUAAAGCUCAGGCUACCCAGAAUCAGACAACUCCUACCAUCGUUCCGACCGAGACUCCGGCUCAAAAUGACGCUGCCAAAACUCCAGAGAAAGAGAAGGAUAUUAUGGAAGGAGUUACACCAGAUGAUCACAUGAUGAAAGUUGAAACUGUACACUGCAGUGCCUGCAGUGUGUAUGUACCUGCUUUACACAGCUCUGUGCAGCUGCACCUUAAAUCUACCGAUCACUCAAAGAGCAAGCUGGCUUACAAAGAUCAGAUUAAGAGAGAGAGCAUCUUGACUGCAACAAGCAUACUAAACAACCCACUUGUAAAGGCGAGAUAUGAACUCUAUUUGAAGGGUGAAAAUCCAUUUGAAACUCAUGUUGAAGAAGCUGCACAGGAAUCGGUCACAGAGGAUGUUGAAGCAGCUGGUACUGUAGCAGAGGGUGAAGCAGCAGCCUCAGCACCCAACGUUGUGGAGAGUGUUGGAGAAAAUGAAGAAGACUUCACUGCUGAUCCAUUGACCUCAACUGAUGAAAAUUAAAUAAUUGGACUUAUCAAUCUGUAGACCUUGGAUUCAUUUUUUUAAACUGUUGUGCCAUCCUCUUUCAAAAUCUAUGCUCUUGGCGAAAUUUGACGUUCUGUUUUGCAAAGAAACUCUUCCUUAUGUAUUUGCAUAUUCAUACAAUUCGUUUUUUUUUUUUUUUUAGCUGUUGGGUUUAUUUUUCAGGAUGAACUGAUAAAAUGCCAUUUUAUUUUCUGUCACCAUGCUAGGCCCUAGUAUUUUUAACCUGAAAAUGCUGUGAAGUCUCAGAAUGUAUUUGUACAAUGUUGGACAGAGUUAGUGUUUAUUGUAGUUUGUGACACCAAGUAAUGUGGCAGUGUAAGCUUAAUUUUUUUUACUUUUCUAUUUUGUUUGCUACUUAGAUGGCCGUGUCUCAAAGAUAACAAAUAAAUCUAAACUCGAACUGUU